GGCGCGGGAAGCGCCGGGAGAGGCGGUGGCGGCGGUGGCGGCGCUUACCAGAGAAGAUCACGAUGAGUCUACGGAAGCAAACCCCCAGUGACUUCCUAAAACAAAUCAUUGGAAGGCCAGUUGUUGUAAAAUUAAAUUCUGGAGUUGAUUAUCGAGGUGUCCUGGCUUGCCUGGAUGGAUAUAUGAACAUAGCUCUGGAGCAGACUGAGGAAUAUGUAAAUGGACAGUUAAAGAACAAGUACGGGGAUGCAUUUAUCCGAGGAAAUAAUGUGUUGUACAUAAGCACCCAGAAGAGGAGGAUGUGAAGAUGCCAGAAGGAGGCUGUUUUUUUGUACUUGUGAACCUCUUUGAAGUGAUGAGCCCUACUUGAUUUGUAGUUCAAAAUCCACAGGUGAAAUACACAAGUGUAUAAGUAUUUUUUUUAAUAAAUGUAAACAUGAGUGUAAACUGCCUCAAUGCUUUUGUUUCAAAGCAUUGCUUUGUUCCCUUGUACAGAAAAGGAAUAAAAGAGGAGCAUGUAAUAGUGCUGCAAGACUAA